CAGUAUCCUCCCCCUGGAGUGGGAAGGGAAUGGAGAUUUGGCAGUAUGCUUCCCCUGGAGUAGGGUGGGAAUGGAGAUUUUUUGCAGUAUCCUUCCCCUGGGGUGGGGUGGGAAUAGAAAUUUUGCAGUAUCCUUUCCCCUAAAGUGGGGAGGGAAUGGGGAUUUUGCAGUAUCCUUCCCCUGCCACGCCCAUCAAGCCACACCCACAGAACCGGUAGUAAAAAAAAUUUAAUUCCACUACUGUCUUAGACUAUCAAAUUGUCCUCCUGCAAUACAGCAUCUCAGGUCUACUUCAUCUGGGGGGAAAAAUCUCCUUCUCGCUCCUAAGGUUCAAAGGUCCCACCACCUUUGAAAAGCCACAUAGGAUAGGAUAGGAAUAGGAAUAGGAAUAGGAAUAGGAAUAGGAAUAGGAAUAGGAAUAGAAUUCUUUAUUGGCCAAGUGUGAUUGGACACACAAGGAAUUUGUCUUGGUGCAUAUGCUCUAAGUGUACAUAAAAGAAAAGAUACGUUCAUCAAGGUACAACAUUUACAACACAAUUGAUGAUCAAUAUAUCAAUAUAAAUCACAAGGAUUACCAGCAACAAAGUUACAGUCAUGCAGUCUUAAGUGGAAGGAGAUGGUGAUGGGAACGAUGAGAAGAUUAAUAGUAGUGCAGAUUUAGUGAAUAGUUUGAAGUGUUGAGGGAAUUAUUUGUUUAGCAGAGAAUAGAAUAGAAUAGAAUAGAAUUUUUAUUGGCCAAGUGUGAUUGGACACACAAGGAAUUUGUCUUGGUGCAUAUGCUCUCAGUGUACAUAAAAGAAAAGAUACGUUCAUCAAGGUACAACAUUUACAACACAAUUGAUGGUCAAUAUAUCAAUAUAAAUCAUAAGGAUUGCCAGCAACAAGUUAUAGUCAUACAGUCAUAAGUGGAAAGAGAUGGGUGAUGGGAACGAUGAGAAGAUUAAUAGUAGUGCAGAUUCAGUAAAUAGUCUGACAGUGUUGAGGGAAUUAUUUGUUUAGCAGAGUGAUGGCCUUCGGGGGAAAAACUGUUCUUGUGUCUAGUUGUUCUGGUGUGCAGUGCUCUAUAGCGUUGUUUUGAGGGUAGGAGUUGAAACAGUUUAUAUCCAGGAUGCGAGGGGUCUGUAGAUAUUUUCACGGCUCUCUUCUUGAUUCGUGCAGUAUACAGGUCCUCAAUGGAAGGCAGGUUGGUAGCAAUUAUUUUUUCUGCAGUUCUGAUUAUCCUCUGAAGUCUGUGUUUUUCUUGUUGGGUUGCAGAACCGAACCAGAUAGUUAUAGAGGUGCAAAUGACAGAUUCAAUAAUUCCUCUGUAGAACUGGAUCAGUAGCUCCUUGGGCAGUUUGAGCUUACUGAGUUGGCGCAGAAAGAACAUUCUUUGUUGUCCUUUUUUGAUGAUGUUUUUGAUGUUAGCUGUCAUGUGGACAACGUGGAUUUGGUAUCAAAUCCACGCCUCCUCCUGGAUCAAGGGCUCAAGCCCUGGAGCUCCACCGCCAGAAGGAACAUCUGUGUCUAAGACUAAAAACUAAAUUCGAUUAUAUCUCUUGGGCCUUGGGAAAUGAAGUUAAAAUCAAAAGCAUUCCUCCCCUCCCCCAUUCCUUUUCCAGUUGUGCCUUUAAUCAGUUUGUCUCACCUUCCAUAGGACAAUUUGACGAGGGAAGGAGAACAUCUUGACAGUCUUAGACGAUCAGUUGUCCUCCUGUAUCCUGUUGUUGCGGCUGUUAGUUGUGAAGUCGUGUCUGACCCAUCACAACCCCAUGGACCACGUUCCUCCAGGCCUUCCUGUCCUCUACCAUCCCCCAGAGUCCAUUUAAGCUCACGCCAACUGCUUCAGUGACUCCAUCCAGCCACCUCGUUCUCUGCCAUCCCCUUCUUCUUUUGCCCUCCAUCGUUCCCAGCAUGAGGCUCUUCUCCAGGGAGUCCUUCCUUCUCAUUAGGUGGCCAAAAGUAUUUCAGUUUCCUCUUCAGGAUCUGGCCUUCUCAAGAGCAGUCAGGAUUGCUCUCCUCUAGGAUUGACCGGUUGGAUCGCCUUGCAGUCCGAGGGACUCACAGGAGUCUUCUCCAUCACCAUCGUUCAAAGGCCUCCAUUCUUUGGCGUUCAGCCUUCCUUAUGCUCCAACUUUCACAGCCAUCCAUUGCAACUGGGAAAACCAGAGCCUUGACUAUACGCACUUUUGUUGGCAGGGUGAUGUCUCUGCUUUUUAGUAAGCUGUCUAGGUUUGCCAUGGCUUUCCUCCCCAGGAGUAAGUGUCUCUUAAUUUCUUGGCUGCAGUCCCCAUCUGCGGUGAUCUUGGAGCCCAAGGAAGAUAAAAUCUGUCACUUCCUCCAUUUCCUGUAUCUUAGGCCUGUUGAUACAUGAAGAAGCCUUGAAGUCAACCAUUGACUUAAAUUUCCAUGCAGGCAGUCCUCGAGUUACAACCACAAUUGAGCCCCUUAAGAUUUCUGUUCUUAAGCGAGACAUUUUCUCAAGUGACGUUUGCUCCAUCCUACGACCUUCCUUGCCCCCGCUGUUAAGCGAAUCACCGCAGUUAUUAAGCUGGUGGCCCGGUUGUUAAGUGAACCCGGCUUGGACUUCGCUCAUCAGAAGGUCGCCAAAGGGGGUCACGUGACUCUCCUGGCACCACUACUGCGGCCGUCAUAAACGUGAACCGCUUGCCAAAUGUCCCAAUUUUGAAUCGCGUGACCCAGGGAUGCUACAAAGGUCGCAGGUUUUCAGUGCCGUUGUAAAACUGAACGGUCACUAAACGACCUGUUGUAAGUCAAGGACCACCUGUGUGUGUGGAUUUUUUUAAUGUGCUUGCAGAUGCGUCCCUUUCAACCUUUCCCCCUCUAAGAAAACCAAACCAGUUUUUAUCUUCUCCCAUUCUCAGUUCUUUCUCUCACCCCGGGAUGGCAGCAUGGAUUCUGGGAUGAACUUAGGACAAAGAGUGCCUUAUUAUAUCUGUGUACACAUACAUGGGAGUGAACCUUUUCCACAUCACUGACCUGGCAUGCUCUGUGUCCUUGGUUAUGCAACCUCUCCGGGCGAGUUAACCCUUUCCUUGCCAGACUGAUAAUCAUCCUGGUUCUUUCCCAGGACGAUCAGGGUUUCCUGAAAAACAAGGUCAAGGUUAGGAUAGAAUAGAAUAGAAUAGAAUUUUUUAUUGGCCAAGUGUGAUUGGACACACAAGUAAUUUGUCUUGGUGUAUAUGCCCUCAGUGUACAUAAAAAGACAAGAUACGUUCAUCAAGGUACAACAUUUACAACACAAAUGAUGGUCAAUAUAUCAAUAUAAAUCAUAAGGAUUACCAGCAACAAAGUUAUAGUCAUACAGUCAUAAGUGGAAAGAGAUUGGUGAUGGGAACUAUGAAACGAUUAAUAGUAGUGCAGAUUUGGUAAAUAGUCUGACAGUGUUGAGGGAAUUAUUUGUUUAGCAGAGUGAUGGCCUUCGGGGAAAAACUGUUCUUGUGUCUAGUUGUUCUGGUGUGCAGUGCUCUAUAGUCAUACAGUCAUAAGUGGAAAGAGAUUGGUGAUUUAAUAGUAGUGCAGAUUUAGUAAAUAGUUUGACCAUGUUGAGGGAAUUAUUUGUUUAGCAGAGUGAUGGCCUUCGGGAAAAAAUUGUUCUUGUGUCUAGUUGUUUUCUAUAGCGUCGUUUUGAGGGUAGGAGUUGAAACAAUUUAUGUCCAGGAUGUGAGGGAUCUGUAAAUAUUUUCACGGCCCUCUUCUUGAUUUGUGCAGUAUACAGGUCCUCAAUGGAAGGCAGGUUGGUAGCAAUUACGUGGUGUAGUGUGAAGUAUGUGUGUGGUGUAGGGUGAAGCAAUUAUGUGGUGAAGUGGUGUAGAGUUUCCUGCCUAUGCAGGGGGGUUGGAUUAGAACAGGGAUCACCAACCUUUCGGACCUCAAGGACCACUAAAUUCAUAAUUUUAAAUCCCGCGGACCACUAAUAUGAACUUCCUAAUGAAUGGCUGGGUGGGCGUGGCAAGGUGGUCAUGUGACUGGAUGGGCGUGGCCAACUCGCUGUCAGUCACAUCGAGGGGUGCCUUGCCAGCCUCUACUCGCUACUCCUCGCCUGCCCGCCUGGGCUCCUUAGGGCUCCAACAGGAAGUAGUUGCUGGAGCUAAGCAGCCACCAUGAGAAAAAGUUGGCAAAACAGUUCAGUUCAAAUUGGAUCUGACUGAGAAGGAGGCUCAGCAGAAGCACCUCACUGAGGACUAGGAGCAUAGGCUUUCCAAGCAGAGGGAAGACUUGCAGGAGUGCAAGGCCAGGUACAGGCGCCUGGAGGCUCAGCAGGCUGAGAUGGUCAGCCAGUUCCAAGCCAUGAUGCAGUCCCACUGGAACGAGGCCCUCUGGCUCUUUGCCAUCAGCCUUCACCCAAAGCCCCACACCAGGAGGCUGAAGCAGACCCCAAGUUGGAAUUUCUGUCCCCCCUCCGACCCACACAAAAAGACCCCGAGGGGGGAGACUCUCUGUAGCAACACAAGCGUUCAUUGCACAUUUCUGUCCCAGGGGGCCGUAGAGUUUCAGGAUUCUUGAUAUAAUGCAAGAUAAAAAAUGCAAAUAAUUUUUCUGCGGACCACCAAAAUUUUCUCAGGGACUAUCAGUGGUCCACAAACCACCAGUUGGUGACCGCUGGUAUAUAAGACUGAGUGCUACUCCUGUUGCCCUCCCUCCCUCCCUCCCUCCCUCCCUUCCUUCCUUCCUUCCUUCCUUCCUUCCAUCCAUCCAUCAUCCAUCCAUCCAUGGUGCACAGUGGUUAGAAUGCAGUAUUGCAACUUAACUCACUGCCUACAGCCAGAAAUUCAAUCCUGACAGCCUCAAGGUCGACUCAGCUUUCCAUCCUUCCGAGGUCAGUAAAAUGAGGACCCAGAUUGUUGUGGGCAAGAGGCUGAAUGUCAGGCUGCCUCUGAUUAUAACUAGGAAAGAAUACACCUUGACUUCAUUUGCAAAUAAAGAAAAGUACUUUUACUAAUUACAUCUGGAUAGCAGCAGGGUUUAAGUUGAAUCUGAGACAGAAUAUGGCUGACAAUCUAUAUCCCCCUUAUUACUCCCUCCUCUUUCCCAAGAGGUCAUCAGGUCUGGUCCAAUGCCAGCUCCUUCCCGGGGUCCUGUGGUAAUCUUCUUCCGCAGGUCUCUGGUUGUCAAUCAUAUCAGGAAUGCAAUGUGCGUUAGAGUUCGUGCUAAAACAUUCCUGUUGAAUUCAAAACAUUAAUCUCCCCUCCCACCUUAAUUAUGUCAGACCGACACUCUUAAAGGCCCCUCUCUUCUUAACUUGAAUCCAAUAGCUAUUUACAUUAGAAAUACAAUCCCAUUCUAUCUAACACUGAAAUACAAUCCCAUUCUAUCUAACACUGAAAUACAAUCCCAUUCUAUCUAACAACUGAAUAUAAGGAGUACAAAGAGAUACGAAGUUUGGAGUGGAGGCGGACACUCCUCUGUAAGCCACUUAGAGAGGGCUGUAAAAGCACCGUGAAACAGUAUAUAGGUGCCCCUGCUAAAGAAAACAGAAUCUGACUCUCCAGAGUAAAGCAGGAAGUAAACAACUGAAGCAAAAAAAUCUGGAAGGUUUAUUAAAAAAAAACAAGAUUAGAGGUUUGCUGGCAAAGCAUGGGCUAUAUUAGAAUAUUACACAUGUUUAAAUGGAUUUAAUAGACGACCACAAAUGCCCAUCAAGGCUAAGGGCCACUGUCCCCUCGUGAAGUACAAAGUUUUCACAGGUUAGCUCCAUUUUUAUUUUUAGCAUUAUUGGCCAGGUGUGAUGAGAGACACAAGAAAUUUGAAGCUCUCUGUGUACAUUCAAGCAACAAGUGAUAGAUACAUCAUGAUCAUCAUUUACGAUAAAUUAUUUAUUGCUACGAUAAAUCAGUGGAACAACUUGCCUCCAGAAGUUGUGAAUGCUUCAACACUGGAAGUUUUUAAGAGGAGAUUGGACAACCAUUUGUCUGAAGUGGUGUAGGGUUUCCUGCCUGAGCAGGGGGUUGGACUAGAAGACCUCCACGGUCCCUUCCAACUCUGUUAUUCUAAAUUUAUGAUAAACUCUUUAUUGGCCAAGUGCGAUUGGACACACAAGGAAUUUAUCUCCAGUGCAGAACCUGUCAGUGUACAACUAAGCAACAAGUGAUCAAUCAUGAACAUAAAAUACAAUCAACAUAAAUCAUAAGAGUCAACACUCACUGAUAGUGACGGGAAUGCUAAAUAAGCAAUCAACAUAAAUCAUAAUAGGAUACUAAAUAAAAACAGUCAACAUAAAUCAUAAUCGGAUACUAAAUAAAAGCAAUCAACAUAAAUCAUGAGGUACAAACAAGUAUAAUACAGCCUUCGUUGUCAUUGUACAUCAUAUAUUGGUUAACAAAGUUGUAAUCAUAAGAAGCUAAGGAAAUAGGUAAUAGGAAAAAUGAACAGAUGAGAAGGAUAGUACAUAAAAGAAAAGAUACGUUCAUCAAGGUACAACAUUUACAACACUUAAUGAUGGUCAUAGGGUACAAAUUUAACACUUAAUGAUACAACACUUAAUGAUAAUCACAGGGCACAAUAAGCAAUCAGGAACAAUCAAUAUCAAUAUAAAUCACAAGGAUUACCAGCAACAAAGUUACAGUCAUGCAGUCAUAAGUGGAAAGAGAUUGGUGAUGGGAACGAUGAGAAGAUUAAUAGUGCAGAUUUAGUGAAUAGUUUGACUGUUGAGGGAAUUAUUUGUUUAGCAGAGUGAUGGCCUUUGGGAAAAAACUGUCCUUGUGUCUAGUUGUUCUGAUGUGCAGUACUCUGUAGUGUCAUUUUGAGAGUAGGAGUUGAAACAGUUUAUGUCCAGGAUGUGAGGGGUCUGUAAAUAUUUUCCCAUCCCUCUUUUUGACUCGUGCAGUAUACAGGUCCUCAAUGGAAGGCAGGUUGGUAGCCACUGUUUUUUCCAUAGUUCUAUUUAUCCUCUGAAGUCUGUGUCUGUCUUGUUGGGUUGCAGAAACAAACCAGACAGUUAUAGAGGAGCAGAUGACAGACUCAAUCAUUCCUCUGUAGAACUGGAUCAGCAGCUCCUUGGGCAGUUUGAGCUUCCUGAGUUGGCGCAGAAAGAACAUUCUUCAUUGAGCUUUUUCGAUGACAUUUUUGAUGUUAGCUGUCCAUUUUAGGCCUUGAGAUAUGAUAGAACCCAGAAACGUGAAGGCCUCUACCGUUGAUACUGUUGUGUUGUGUUGUCUAGUAUCGUAAGAGGUGGUAGAAUAGGAGGGCUUCUCCUAAAAUCUACCCAGGUGGACACCAGUCUGUUGUGUUGGUACCCGUAAACUUCCCCUGGGUCUUUGUGGAUGGAAUCCUAGCAGGAUCAUUGACUGACGGUUAAACAUCUGCUGAGCUUUCCCACUGGGUUCCAUUGUUUCUAAGGAGACAAGAACCAUCAAGCGAUCUCAUCUCUGGUUGAUUUCGCCUUGGCUCUCCAGCAUCAUGGCUUCAACGCUGCAAUUGAAGGUAUCUCUAGGAAUCUUGUUUUUCUCCACUCUUCUUCCCCUUGCACUGUUGCCUCUACUAAAAGGCAAACGUGGGGUUUUUUUCCCUCUCUCUGUCUCUCUCUGUCUCUCUCUCUCUCUGUCUCUCUCUCUCUCUCUCUCUUGAACCCCUUGCCUCUCUACGUAGCUUACCUGCUCACCUUCGGCCAUGCAGUCCAAUGUCUCGUACCAAAGGCCUCACCGGACCUGGUCGGCCAUCCAAAGGAUGCUCGGGCGAGUCCGCCAGCAAUGGAAGAUGCUGGGCUUUUUUGAAAUCAACGAGAAGCAUGAAUAUUUUAAAUUCACCUGUAUGCUCAAAGAAGGGCUGAAGGCCUCCAUCCAGAAGACCAUCGAUGAACCGGUCAGCAUGGAGUCGCAAAAGCCAUCUGAUUUUCACAGGGUGCUUAAGCAGAUCCAUCAGGGUUACGAGAUGCGGACCUACGCGGCGCCCGUCUUCGCCCGUUUCCGGCAGUACCUUGGCAUGGUGGACACGGAUUUCCAAAGGUCCUUGACGUGUGAGAGUUCCUACCUGCAAUUCAUCAGUAACUCUAAAAGCCAAGCUGACUUCUUCCUCACGUUCGACAAACGUUAUUUCCUAAAGACGCAACGGAAACGGGAGAUCCGGUUCCUCCUCACUAACCUAUCCAAAUACCUGGAUCACAUGGAAAGAUACCCGCACUCCAUCCUUGUGAAGUUCCUGGGUGUUUACAGCAUCAUUGCCCCUCAAGAGAAGAAGAGAUACUUCAUCAUCAUGCAAAGUGUCUUCUAUCCACAUGAGAAGAUUACCGAACGGUACGACAUCAAAGGAUGCCAAGUCGGACGCUGGACGGAGCCCAAUAUAGACAGCAGUGAAGUCAUUGUGGUUUUUAAGGACUGCGACUUUGGAGACAAGGUGAUCUCCAUUAAUCAAGACCAGACCUGGUUGCUGCAGCAAGUGAAGUUGGACACCCAGUUCCUCAAAGCUUUGCAUGUGAUUGAUUACAGUUUGCUGGUGGGCCUACAACCUCUUCAUGAUGAUGACCAGUUCCUGGACAACACGCUGGGAAAUAUAUUAGCAAGGACAAGAUUGUCAAUCAGUUGUGACUAUCCUCGCCGCAACAUUGUCAGAGCUUCCUCCAACACGUCUUCCAGCAGCUGCUCCAGUUGUGACCAGGUCAUCCGGCUCUAUCCAGAUUACUUGUCUCCCUACUUCAGACCUGACCGGCUUCCUGAGCAGUUGAUCCAAAGUGAGGGUUUCAUGCGUAACGUCGUGACGCCGUUCCUGAUGCAAAACAGCUACGAGGACAUGAGCUGCGUCGUGGGCAACGCACUCUAUUCCUCCAGCCUCUCCGAUUUAACCGGCGAGUCCUUCGCCACGCAGCAUCGCCGGAUCCUGCCCGCCUCCAAAAACCCUCUACACACAAUCGAUGGGCCGGACUACCGCUAUUACGUAGGCAUCAUUGACCUCUUCACGGUCUACACUUUCCGCAAAAAAUUGGAAAGCUUAUGGAAGAGCAUCCGUUACAGGGGCCAGCAAUUCUCCACGGUUGAACCUUCUUACUACGCCCAGAGAUUGUGUCAGUGGGUGGAAAGCCACACUAUAUGAAACUGGAAAGGAGGCGGCGGGCCAGUUGUAACAGAGAGGAGGGCGGUAUCCCUGUCUCUUCUCAUAAGUUCUCCCGGUCUUUGCAGAAUCAAGUUUCAACCCAUGUCACCUCUUGUGAUUUUACUGGUGACCUCUUGGCUACCCAGGAGAUGGAGCUGAGUGAAAUUUCCCUAGAAAUAGGCCACUUGGCAAGAAAGGACGGGGGGCGGGGAGGCAGUUUUCCAUGGAGCAUGGAAGUUCUAGAGGAUAUCUAGGUGGUGACUUUGCGAAAACUAGGUGGACACUUCAACCCUACGGACAUUGCAAUCAGUGGCACUGAAUCUCUCAAAAGUCAGAGAGCCCAGGGGGGGCACCAUCCAGUCGUCUCCCAAAUGAGAGUUUCCUCCUGCAGCCGUAACUUUCCAGAGCUGUAGACAAAGAACAGUUGGUGCAGUCCAAUCUUGGUGCUCGGUAGGUCAACCCAAUCCAGGCGGGUGCGGGGGUUAAUCAAGAGCUCCUUCCUCAAAUGAUUUAAGGGGUCCCCAAACCCACGCGGGGCAAAGAAGGGAGGAGAAUUUGAAUUGAGAAGAAUAAAGUACUUCCAGAGAAAGGACUGGACUGGUUCUUUUAAAAACCCACCUUGGAAGUUCUCCAAUGAUGGCUUCAGCCCUUCCAAGUCUUCUUCCCUAGUGACCUCACUGCCCGGG